ACUAUUAUUAUUGGACCGACCUGCCGUAGAGCUUUAACAUUGCAGACCACUCAACAAGUUCUCAGAGUCAUCACAAAAAUCGCUUAUCGAUAUCAGUAGCGUAAUAAUGGCUUCCGAUUCCAUGGAGGAGCCUCCUUCUUCGCAGAGAAGCUACUGGAGAAGAUGGAGCAAGCAAGAUUUCCUACCGGAGCAAUCCUUCCAGAGCUGGACCGACUACAAAACCGCGCUUUCUCAGACGUGGCUCAGGUUCAAGGAUCGUCUGGUGAGCAGAUCCGACGACGCCACCGAGACCGGUGAGAUCAGAAAGGAAAGCGAGAACGACAUGAAGCGCUGCCUCAACUGGUGGGAUCUCAUCUGGUUCGGCUUCGGCUCUGUGAUCGGCGCCGGAAUCUUCGUCCUCACCGGUCAAGAAGCUCACGACGACGCCGGCCCUGCCAUUGUGUUGUCCUACGUUGCCUCCGGCAUCUCCGCCAUGCUCUCCGUCUUCUGCUAUACUGAGUUUGCCGUAGAAAUCCCUGUUGCAGGCGGGUCAUUUGCAUAUUUGAGAGUGGAACUUGGAGAUUUUGCAGCAUUCAUAACAGCAGGAAACAUUCUUCUUGAAAGCAUAGUAGGAAGUGCCGCAGUAGCAAGAGGAUGGACUUCCUACUUCACAACCCUUUUGAAUCGUCCCUCCAAUUCACUUCGCAUCACAACAAACCUCAAACAGGGCUACAACUUAUUAGACCCCAUAGCUGUCGGAGUCCUUGUUAUUUCUGCAACAAUCGCCAUGAUCAGCACCAGAAAAACCUCGUACCUUAACUGGAUAGCAUCAGGAAUCAACAGCUUUGUCAUCCUCUUCGUCAUAGUCCUAGGUUUCCUCCAUGCCAAUACCUCAAACAUGUCCCCUUUCUUGCCUUAUGGGGUUAAAGGAGUGUUUAGAGCAGCUUCUAUUGUGUAUUUUGCAUAUGGUGGGUUUGACAGUGUUGCGACUAUGGCUGAAGAGGCUAAGAAACCUUCAAGGGAUAUACCAAUUGGGUUACUUGGAUCAAUGUCUUUGAUCACUGUGAUUUACUGUUUGAUGGCACUUUCAUUGAGUAUGAUGCAAAAGUACACUGAGAUAGAUGAAAACGCAGCGUUUUCUGUGGCUUUUGGAAGUUUGGGACUGAAAUGGGCAAAGUAUGUGGUGGCUUUUGGAGCUUUGAAGGGUAUGACCACUGUGCUUCUGGUUGGAGCUUUAGGACAGGGACGAUAUAUGACGCAUAUCGCACGUGCCCAUAUGAUUCCACCAUGGUUUGCUCUCGUCCACCCCAAGACUGGAACCCCUAUAAAUGCUACACUGCUCAUCACCAUCUCAGCUGCCUGCAUUGCAUUUUUCUCAAGCUUGGAUGUAUUGUCAAGCUUGUUGUCAAUAAGCACACUGUUUAUCUUUACGAUGAUGGCUGUGGCACUUCUUGUGAGAAGAUACUAUGUAAGAGGAGUGACACCACCUCAGAAUUUGAUAAAGCUCGUCAUCUUCUUGCUUCUCAUUGUUGCUUCUUCAAUGGCUACUUCAGCUUAUUGGGGUUUGAGCCCUAAUGGUUGGGUGGGAUACACCAUAACUGUUCCUUUAUGGUUCUUGGCCACUUUAGGACUGUCCUUAUUUUUGACUCAGCAAAGGGCACCUAGGGUUUGGGGGGUGCCCCUAGUUCCAUGGCUGCCUUCUUUGUCUAUUGCAAUAAAUAUUUUUCUGAUGGGUUCUUUACCAACAAAAGCAUUUAUAAGGUUUGGAAUUUGCACUGCUGUGAUGUUGGUUUACUAUGUUUUCUUUGGCCUUCACGCCACCUAUGAUAUGGCUCAUCAUCAACCAGACAAGAACAUGAUUCAGUCUAUGAAAAUGCUGAAAGAAAGCUUAGAGAAUGGAGAUCUUUAGUUAAUAAUUAGAUCAUUAUAUAUAGUUACUAUAUCCUUUGAUUUUCAGUACUUGAUGAAUAUAUACAUUUUGUAAUAUACUUGUACAUUAAUUUCCGAUCCACAACAAUUACUUGUAUGAAAUUCUACGUUCGCAAGUUUUUAUUUUUGA